AUGGAUGAUAUGAUCAUAACUAGUGAUGACUUCAGUGGCAUUCAAAAACUCAAGGAUUUUCUUAGUCAACAGUUUGAGAUGAGAGAUCUUGGACAUCUUAGCUACUUUUUGGAUCUUGAAAUCACUCAUUCCACAGAUGGUCUUUAUAUUACUCAGGCCAAGUAUGCUUCUAAACUUUUGUCUCAAGCUGGACUUAUUGAUAGCAAGACUGUGAGCCAAUAUCUAUUUGCUCCACAAUUGACUCACUAUGCUGCUGUUUUGUGCAUUCUUCAAUACCUGAAGGACACUCUCUUCCAUGACCUUUUCUACUUUGAUCAGUCUCCUUUUGUUCUCAAGCUAUUCCUUGAUGCUGAUUGGGUAGGAGAUCCCACUAAUCGCAGGUCCACCACUGGUUAUUACUUUCUUCUUGGUUCUUCUCUGAUUUCUUGGUGA